CGCUAACAUCUACCCUCUGAUAUAUGAAUUGGUCUGCUUCAAUGCUUACAAAUUCCUUUAUCAGGUAGCCUUAGCCUACCCACUUCAAGAUAGAGCAUCCAGUCAUGUCACUGGCUCAGUCUGAUCAAGAACGGCAUUGCAUGAUGAACCCACUAGACCAUGAAGAGUUCAGAAGGCAAGGUCAUAUGAUCAUCGACUUCAUUGCUAAUUAUUAUCGAGACAUUGAGAAAUAUCCUGUCCGAAGCCAAGUUGAACCAGGUUAUCUCCAUAAACGUAUUCCAGAAAAUGCUCCAUAUAACCCGGAACCCAUUGAAACAAUUCUCCAAGAUGUGCAGAACCACAUUGUUCCUGGUUUAACUCACUGGCUGAGCCCCUACCACUUCGCUUACUAUCCUGCAAACGCAAGCAUUGCAGCGUCACUCGGUGAAAUUCUCUGCACUGGUUUUAAUGUUGAUGGGUUCAAUUGGAUAGCCUCGCCUGCUGCAACGGAGCUGGAGAACAUAGUGAUGGAUUGGCUUGGAAAGAUGCUCGAGCUUCCGGAGUCUUUCCUUUUCUCGGGAAAUGGUGGGGGUGUCAUCCAGGGAACCACUGGUGAUGCAGUCUUGUGCACAGUCAUUGCCGCUAGAGAUCAAUUGCUGAACCGAAUCGGCAGAGAUAACAUAGUGAAGCUAGUCGUGUAUGGGUCCGAUCAAACCCAUUGUUCACUCCAUAAAGCAGCUAAAAUCGCUGGAAUCCACCCCAACAACGUUCGAUCGGUAAAGACAACAAAGUCAAAGGCAUUUGCACUAUCACCAGAUUCACUCCGAUCAGCGAUAAUAUCCGAUAAGGAAGCAGGGCUAAUACCACUUUAUCUCUGUGCCACUGUUGGAACCACUUCAUCUGGUGCUGUUGAUCCAGUUGGCCCACUCUGUGAUGUUGCGGAAGAUUAUGGCAUAUGGGUCCAUAUCGAUGCUGCAUACGCCGGAAGUGCUUGCAUAUGCCCUGAGUUCCGGCAUUUCAUUGAUGGCGUUGAGUGUGCAAACUCAUUCAGUUUUAAUCCACAUAAAUGGCUCUUGACGAACCUAGAUUGUUGCUGCCUUUGGGUGAAGGAUCCGAGUGCCCUUGUCAAUGCUUUCUCAACUGAUUCUGAGUACUUGAAGAACACCGCUACUGAUUCUAAACAAGUGGUGGAUUACAAGGACUGGCAAGUACCUCUAACCCGAAGAUUUCGCGCAAUUAAACUCUGGCUUGUGCUUCGGAGCUAUGGUGUCGUCAACCUCAGAAACUACCUGAGGCGUCACGUUGAAAUGGCCAAGCAUUUUGAAGGUCUUAUAGCCAUGGACAAGAGAUUUGAAGUGGUUGUGCCAAGAAAAUUUAGUCUGGUCUGCUUUAGGAUUUCACCAUCUGCAAGAGUUAAUGGCUGUAGUGCUGAUGAUGAGGAGAGUACUGCGAAUGAACUCAACCGCAAGCUGCUCAAGUCCCUAAACGAUUCGGGACGUGUGUGCAUGACUCAUGCCAUUGUUGGGGGAAUAUACAUGAUUCGCUUCUCCAUCGGCCAACCCCUUACUGAUUAUCGGCACAUAGAGAUGGCUUGGAAGGUGGUGCAGGAAUACACAGAUGCCAUGCUUGGCACCUACCUAAAAUAACUAAGUACUCCCAUUUCCAUGUUCACAUUAAAAAUAAAAUUGGUAGUGCCUUGUCUGUGUGUGUGUUUUUCUUCUCUGAAUGCUCUUUCUUCUGUCCUCAACUUUUCAUUCCAUUCCAUUAAUCCAUCCCUCUGGAUCCAUUUAUCA